AGUGGUUACAACGCGUCCACUUUAGUGCAGGACUGCAGGAUGCGUUUACGAAGUCCUCAAUGUGCACUACGCAUAAAUCUGAGCUUCUUGGGACUGACCCUUUUAAUCACCAUUCUAUGGGUGAUACAGCUGGAUCUAGUGGGGUGGAGGUCUGCCAGCGGGUUUCAAGGCCUUUCACUAAAGCCAAGAUACAGAGGCAGUGUGGGUUUGAAUUCCAGCAGCACUUGGCAUUUUCGAAACAAUGCCUCUGCACCACAAUUUAAAUGGGCUUCAGCAUUAUCUGGAGAUGCCAGCUGUCCCUCUGGGUUCUAUAGCAUGAAGGAGCUCAGGCCUCACAUACAGAGACCUCAGGAGGAUCCUGAAGGACCUGGAGCGGAUGGAAACCCCUUCAUAACUGGCAUCAUGACUCGUGUGGAGUUGAGGGAGAAGCAGGAGGGUCUCUCUAGAAACGGCUUCAACCAGUUUGCCAGUGACCGCAUCUCCUUCCACCGUAGUCUUGGUGUUGACACUCGGCCCUCUGAAUGCAUUGAGAAAAAGUUCAGCAGAUGUCCACGGUUACCCACUACCAGUGUGAUAAUUGUGUUCCACAAUGAGGCUUGGUCCACUCUUCUCCGCACCAUCUUCAGUGUCUUGCAUACAUCACCUGCUGUUUUACUUAAAGAAAUCAUACUGGUGGAUGAUGCAAGUACUCAAGAUCAUCUAAAAGCCCCGCUAGAACAGUAUGUCCAGUCUCUUGAGAUUGUGCGUGUCCUGAGGCAGCGUGAAAGGAAAGGUUUAAUUGCUGCCAGACUCUUGGGUGCACGUGAGGCUGGAGGAGAAGUGCUUGCCUUCCUGGACUCCCACUGUGAGUGUUUCUAUGGUUGGUUGGAGCCCCUGUUGGACCGGUUAAUUCAGGAACCUACCGCAGUUGUGAGCCCAAGCAUUGCUGUCAUCAACAAGGACAAUCUACAGUUUAUAAAGCCAGUGCCGUCAGCCCUCACACAUAACCGAGGGAAAUUUAACUGGAUCCUGAGUUUUGGCUGGGAGACUAUACCUGAAGAAGAGAGGGUGAAACGCAAAGAUGAAACCUAUCCAGUCAGGACACCUGCUAUUGCCGGAGGACUUUUUGCCAUUUACAAGCAGUUCUUUGAACACAUUGGGUCCUAUGAUGACAAGAUGGAGUUUUGGGGAGGAGAGAACAUAGAAAUGUCAUUUAGGGUAUGGCUGUGUGGAGGUCGUCUAGAGAUCAUUCCCUGUUCUGUGGUCGGCCACAUCUUCCGCACCAAAAGUCCGCAUACCUUCCCAAAAGGCAUGGAUGUGAUCAUAAUCAACCAGGUUCGCCUCGCAGAAGUCUGGAUGGAUGAUUACAAGAAGAUUUUCUACAACAGAAAUAAAAAAGCUGCUGCCUUUGAAGCAGAGAAAUCAUACGGGGACAUAAGGGAACGCCUGAAGCUCAAAGAGCAGCUACAUUGCAAAAAUUUCUCCUGGUAUCUAGACAACAUUUACCCAGAGUUCUUUGUGCCUGAUUUGAACCCUGUGCUGUUUGGAUCGUUGAAGAACAUUGCCACAAAAACUUGUCUUGAUAUUGGUAAGAAGAAUCCUGGAGGGAAGUCAGUGAUUUUAUUCAUUUGCCACAACAUGGGAAUAAAUCAGUAUUUUGAGUACACUUCGCAUCAGGAGCUGAGGCAUAAUAUUGAUAAGCAGCUGUGUCUGCAUGCAACGAUCGAGCCCGAACCUGUGCGAGUGGAGCUGUGCAACUUUCAGGGUGAUGAAACCGUCCCAGCUCCACAGCAGAUGUGGAGUUUCAUUCUUGUUUCCCAACAGAUAUAUCUUCUCCACAGUGCUCUGUUUAAUAAGUGUUUAAUGGUGGAGUAUGGCAACAUCAUCAUGAAAAGCUGUGACCCUGCCAACAACUAUCAGCAUUGGUCUUUCAUCUGAUCUGUGUCCUCCAUCAGAUUACCUGACUCU